AUGUCUAGUUCUAAAGCCGACAAAAGAGUUCUGGAGGAAGUUGCCAAGCCGGUGGUGAAAUCCCCCAUCAAGACUAUGGAUGUUAGGGAGUGGAAUCGCAUACAAGAAGAAGAAGAAGAAGCAAAAAGGAUCAAAAGGAUCAAAAGGAUCAAAAGGGAGAAUGGAGAGAUUCCUUGGUGGGUGGAAGACGAGGAAGACUCUGUCAAACCGGCUCUCACAUUUGAAGAGCAACAAAAAUGUAUUGAGGAGCUGAAGGAUGCGCUUGAAAUCUGCUGGACUAAUAUCCGUUCUCUCCGAAAUGAUCGACAGUUCCUGAACGGAUGUUACGAAUGCUGGCCCGAACUCCCCUUGUCCCAAUGGGAACUUGAACUCAACCAUCAAACGAUUCAGUGUGAAUCUUGGGCAGCAUACUAUUGCAACAAAACCAGAAGAAGCAGGUGUGAAAGCUUAUCUCAAGAGCAAAAAAAGGAUGUCAUUGAGAGCUUAAAAGGUUGGGUUGUUCAAGAUGACUUCGACAGAACGGUCUCGCGGCUCCCGCCUAACAUACGGUACAACAUUCUGCGUGUCUUUGCAUCGAUGAUCAUUAUCAAAGAUUGCAUGAGACUAUUCUGGUCAAACCCUUUCUGGUAUUUGGAUGCCGAUGGUGAAUUCCUGAACAGCGAAGGCAUUGAGGCCCCUUUCGGCACCCACCUACAUACUAUGUACAAGAAGUUUCUGAAAGCGGAGCCACAGCUUGCUCACCACUGGCGGGCGCAGACAAUACGCCUUGCUAAUGUCAGGUACAGCACCAUGUUAAUGAAACGCGAUCCUACCUUUGGGCUCGCAAAUGAGGCCCUUAUGAAGGCCAAGGCCUAUCAGUUCGCUGCCGCUAAACUCGAAGACAAGACCUUCCGAUGCCUCCUCAAACACGAAGACGAAGACAAAAUGAAGAAAAGCCUUGGCAAUGUAUACUUCCAGAUGGCUAAAGCUGCAAGGGACUUGGCCACAUCCCAACCGUUACUGGAAUGGCGACUUUUAGAUGAAAUUCCAACCGAGUUUCAACUUAGCUCGAAGGUACUUGAAGCAGCACGUAUCCAAUUGCUCUUUGAGCGUGAGUCUAGACUCAAUGGCCAUGAAGUACUCGCAAUUAUCCAACCAUAUUUCUUUCGAACCGGAGCAUGGAACAGAGAGGGAGGAACUCCGGAAGUGCGGAUCGGCAAAGCUCACGUUCUUGUGGAAGACCUUGUGGGGCGGGCUGGUCUUGCUCAUUCCUCGGAUGAGGAUGCAUUCCCAACUCAUUCCUCGGACGAGGAUAUGGUCCCAACAAGAAGGAAGAAAAGGCAGCCCAAGAAAGCGAAGAUUGAGAAAACAGUGAAAGGUCGUACAAAGAAACCUGUACCAAAGGGCAAACCAAAGAAGGGAGCUAAGGAGAACAUUUGA